AUGACUCGUAACAAUCAGAUGCUCCUGGCGCUGCCUCUUCUCGGCGGUGCAGCUGGACAUGUGUCCAAGUCUGGCGCUGGCAAGCUGCCCAGUCUUGGGUGGAACUCUUGGAACAUGUACGGCUGUGAUAUUGACGAGGCCAAGUUCCUUGCAGCGGCACAGAAGAUGAUUGACACGGGACUCAAGGACGCCGGAUACAAUUAUGUGAACGUUGACGACUGCUGGUCCUUGAAAACUGGUCGUAGCGACGACGGUCACAUUCAAGUCAACAUGACUCGCUUUCCAAACGGCCUUGACGGUCUGGCCAGCAAGAUUCAUGACAUGGGCUUGAAAAUUGGCAUUUACAGCACCGCGGGGACCGCAACAUGUGCUGGUUACCCAGCUAGCCUGGAGCAUGAGGAAACCGACGCUGCCGACUGGGCAUCCUGGGGAAUCGAUUACCUCAAAUACGACAACUGCAAUGUCCCAGACAAUUGGAAAGACGAAUAUGUCUUCUGUCACCCGGACUAUGUCAAGACAAACUCGAAUGGAACCUGCACACCCGAAAUAACCGAAAAUCUGGCCCCGCCGGGAUACGACUGGCGAACGUCAAAGUCAUUCGAUCGCUUCAAACGGAUGAAGGACGCACUCGACAAACAAGAUCACGAGAUAGUUUACAACUUGUGCAUCUGGGGCACAGCGGACGUUUUCUCAUGGGGCAAGGAUAUCGCCAUCAGUUGGCGGAUGAGUAAUGACAUCAAUGCGCACUGGGACACCGUCACGCACAUCAUCAACCUGAAUUCGUUCUAUCUUAAUUCGGUGGAUUUUUGGAGCCACAACGACGCAGACAUGCUGGAGGUCGGGAACAACCUUUCCGAUGCAGAGGCGCGUUCCCACUUUGCGCUGUGGGCGGCUAUGAAGUCGCCGCUGCUCAUCGGAACCGACCUGGACAAGCUGAGCCAGUCCAACAUCGAUAUACUCAAGAAUCGUCGUCUUCUGGCAUUCAGCCAAGACGAGACUGUCGGCGCCCCGGCAAAGCCGUACAAGUGGGGUAUCAACCCGGAUUGGACUUACAACAGCACCAAUCCCGCCGAAUUCUGGGCUGGCGAUUCCGAGAAUGGCAUCUUGGUUCUCAUGCUCAAUACUUUAGGCGAAACUGACUCGAAAACGGCUGUCUGGUCCGAGAUCCCGGGGCUUGACGGUAACUGCAAACACCGAGUGACGAAUGUGUGGACGGGUGAAGAUCUCGGCUGUCUGGGAGAAUACAAGGCGGACGUUGAGAGCCACGAUACAGCGGCUAUUCUGGUGUCUAAGCACUCGUGCCACUAA